UAUUAUUGCUGAAAUGUAGUCAGAGACCAUGUUUUUACUAUAUCAAAUGCCUUUAGCAUGUAUUGAUAUCAUUUGCAAUGAACUGAAUUAUCUGAAGCCUGGUGUCUGUGAUGCUAAGGAGGAGACUGAGAUGAAUCAUCCAAUUGGCACACUUCUGGCUAAAAAUUGUUGUAAAUACUUCAGCCUUAUCUUUUGCUCUGGGCUCCCCUUUUCAUUGAGGAUGGGAAUAUUUUUGCAACCUCCUCUGGCUCUUCACAUCGGGCAGGAACCUGAACAGUGGACGUCUAUGGCAAUGGUACCUUCAAUAUCUCUGUCUAACACUUCGAAACAGAGCACCUCAGGCCAGCACGCAGGCUUUAAUUACUGCUGCAGUGCAAACCUUUCACAGAAUUGUUUAGAGAAAGCAGUGGCAGCAAUUGAUGGAGCAAAAUACAGUUUAGCAUUUGCAUCUGGCUCUGCGGCUAUGAUGACAAUUGUACAUCUUUUGAAGUCUGGCGAUAACAUCGUUUGCAUGAAAGGUGUACAUGGAGGUGCAAACCAAUAUUUCUGCAGAGUUGCAUCAGAAAUGGGUGUGGAAACCUCAUUUGUUGACUGCACGUCAAUGAAAACUCUGAAUGCAGCUAUCAAACCAAACACAAAACUUGUUUGGAUUGAGACUCCUACUAAUCCUAUGAUGAAAGUUAUUGACAUCAAAGCUUGUGCAGAAACUGCACACAAACAUGGAGACAUCAUUCUGGUUGUGGAUAACACCUUCAUGACAUCGUAUUUCCAGCGCCCCUUGGCACUGGGUGCUGACAUCUGCAUGUGUUCUGCAACAAAAUACAUGAAUGGUCACAGUGAUGUAAUCAUGGGCCUGGCUUCUAUGAAUCGAGAUGACCUCUAUGAAAGACUGAAAUUCUUACAAAAUGCUAUGGGUGUAAUUCCAUCUCCAUUCGAUUGUUACAUGUGUAACCGUGGCUUGAAGACUUUAGCCCUUCGAAUGAAACAACACUUCAAGAACGCACUGGCUGUAGCCAAGUUUUUGGAGGCAGAUCCUCGGGUAGAGAAGGUUAUUUUUCCAGGUCUCCCUUCUCAUCCACAAUAUGAUCUGAUAAAGCAGCAGUGUACUGGGAGUUCGGGCAUGAUGGCUUUCUUGAUUAAAGGAGGUUUGGAAAAUGCCAAGACAUUCCUUAAAAACUUAAAACUGUUCACGCUUGCAGAGAGUUUGGGAGGAUAUGAAAGUCUAGCGGAGCAUUCGGCUAUUAUGUCACAUAGCUCUGUUCCGAAGGAGGAGAGAGAUGCCCUGGGGAUAAGUGAUACCCUAAUCCGAUUAUCUAUUGGUUUGGAGGACGUCGUAGAUAUUAUCGAGGACCUACAUCAAGCACUAAAAGCUGCCCAUCCGAAUAUAAUUAAACCUGCUGAACAAAUUAACCUGUGAUUUUUCGCUUCGAGAAAAUGAAUUUUUUUGCUGGAAAAAAGCAUCAAAAGAACAGUGGCAAAACAUUGUGUAUUGUUUAUGACAUUUGAUGAAGCUUCAUGGAAUUGCACCCUUUUAAAAUGGUUCAACCUGUAAUGAGUCAUCAUUUGGUCUCAUUAAAUUGUCAGUUGUAAUUGCAUGCAAGCAGAUAAAUUGUUGAUUUAUGUCUUCUGUAAUUUUAUUUACCGGGAAAUUUUGUGAAGGGUUGACUCAACUUAAUUUCCUAAAAUAAGGUUUAUUUUGCUAUGAUGCACUCUUCUCUGGAAUGCUGGUGGGGAGACUAAGAAUCGAUUUCCUUGAUGUAUCAAUGAGGUGAAAUGAACAGUGAUUAGGAAAUUAAAACAAAUUUUCUGGAAACACUCAGCAGGUCAGUCAUUGUUUGUGGAGAAAAACAGAGUUAACAUUUCGGGAAAAUGGCCGUUUAUCUGAACUGGAAAGAAUUGGAGCUGGGAAAGAUUUUAAGCAAGCACAGAGGCUGGGAAAGGACAGCAGAUCUAAGAGAAAAGUCUGCAAUAGGGUGGAAAGGCAGUAGAGAUAGAAUGACAGAUGAUGGUGCAGGGAAAAUGAGAUGGUCAUGGUAUAAUAAAAUGGAUCCCAAAAUAGUAAAAAUGGGAAUAGCUGAAUUGUGACCAACUGUAAAAAUAAACACAGUGAAUAAGAUCUGAUUUGUCGCAUUCAAUGUUGAGAUUGUAAAUGACCUUUUGGAAGAUGAGUUGCUAUUCUUGAGCUUACAUUUAGUUUCAUGGGAACAUUGCGGGAGGACAUGAUCAGAGUAAUUGACAGAUAUCAGAAGUUCAUCACACUUGUGAACUGAAGGGAGGUGUCCUGGUCAACUAAUCUGCAUUUUGUCUCCCAACACUGAGGAGAAUGCUUCAGAAAUAACAAAUAUAGUUCACUAAAUUGCAAGAAAUAUGUGUGAAUCUCUGUUUUGCCUGGAAGGAGUGUUUGGGGUACUGGGAAGAGAAGAACUAAGCAGGAAAGUGAUAUAUUUCUUGCUUAUUUUCCAUUAUCACUCACUUUUGUAUCCAUUUCCUUGGCGAGAGAUAUUUUCCUUGAACGGUGGAACCUUCCCUUCUUCCAAAUUCUUGAUCGACCUGAACCAUGUCCUUUAGCCUUUUCCUCUCUCUAGAUUAUUUUAUUGGAAACUGUUGGCAUGACCUUGAUGAUCUCAAUUUCAUUGCUCCUCUUACAUGUUCUCACUUUCCUUCCCCUGGACUUGCUACAUUUUGAUCUUUUGGGCUCAGGCCUAACAUUGGCACUAAACCAAUGGCGAUGUGUCUGUGAACUCAAACUCUCUCUGCCUUGCAACCCUCUGAUGCUGUGUCUUUGACAUUGAACAUCAAGCCAUAAAUUUCCAGACUGUCACUGAGUUCAUCUUUGAUAGAGAUUUUAUCUCCAUUACCUCCAGCAAACUCAACCUACAGCCCUGCAUAGCCUUGCUUUUGUCACCUUCCCUACAUUUGCCAAUAGAAAUGUUCUGGUAGAGCCAUUGAUUCACCUUCCUUCCUAUCUUGGCUAUUUUUCUUUCACAUCCCUGUGUUUAGUCUCUUCGCAUGAAGGUUAGCAUUUCUUCUGAUGUCCUCCACCAUUUUAACAGUACGUUGGUCCUGAUGGAUUUCUAAUCCUCCCAAACUUCCAACCACCACCAAAUGGCCUGAGGACUGCCAAUUCUUUCUUGAAUAAAGGCACAAUCAGUCCCCAACACCAUAUUCUUCAAUUGUCACAUUGAACAACUUCAUCUUUCACUUCUUGCCCUCAGUAUUUCGGUGUCAUCGCUGGUUUUUCCCUUGAACUUGAAAAUGUCAGCAGUUUUGUUUCUAAUUUACAUUCCUCCCUUGCUUUCACAUGACCCAUUUUUCCUUCCUCAACUUCUGUUUGCAUUGUAGGCUAUUGACUAGUAUCUGCUAUAAGCCCACACCAAACAUGGCUGAGCUUCCUUCCAUAUUUCUUUUUGUAAGGGCUCUAUUCCACAUGCCAAAUUUCUCCAAAUCCAUUGUAUUUGUUCUGACAAAUCCAUAUCCCAUAUCAAUGUUUCUGAUGUCCUUUUACCUCAACCAAGGAAUCCCAUGUAUUGUGAUGCAGAGCCCCUGACUGUAUUUGCUCUAUUUCGUACACUUCUGCUCUCACCCCAUCCCCUCCCUUCCAGAAUGAUUAUAAUGUUCCACUUGUCCUGGUAUUCCACAUUCAACAGCUUCCACAUUCGACACAUAUCUUCUGACUGUAGCACCAAAAUAUCUUCCUCUCACCAUUCGGCAUUCUGAAGGACGUUUUCCCCACAAUGUCCUGAUAUGUAUCUCAAUCACCCACAUAGACCCCCUCCUUUUCCCACAAAACCUUUUCAUACAUACACAACACGUGCCUUUUUACCUCUUCUAACUUGAUGCUAAUGGUGACAGUACAAACAACAUGUUCUUUAAUGAAGACCCCAGCCCUUCAAGUAUGUCCAGCUUUCCAGGUGAAACAGCAGUUUACUUGUACUUUCAACUUAGCACACUGUUCAUUGCUCACGUUCAGGCAUUUAAUUCUUUGCUCCUUCCUUCCUUCCACUCUAUCAGAACUUUUUUUUUUGUUCUUUCUCCUUUUCAUGUCUCUGUACUCUCUAUUACAUCGCUUGUAAUAUUGACCACUUGUGUUACUCUCUCUACGAAUGCAGAUUGGCUGUUGAGUAUUUUUGAAGCAUUUUUGUUUUGUUUUUUGUUUCAAAU